AUGCGGAUCCGAGCAUUGUUACUCGUUUGUAUACAAGUUUUCGUUGGCGAGGAAACAUAUGCACAAUGCUUCGGAUAUACGCCAGCCAACAUGAACAGUUAUUACGGAUCCAAUUUUUACAACUACCGCCCAUACAGAGAGAACAUUGACGAGGCAUUCUUCACGAGACAACUACAGAUGCAAAUGGAGAGUUUAAAUCUACCCUCACCUUCCAUCAAUAUUGCUGCUGAUGGUCUCAUUAUCAAUGGAGCAAUUUCUGUCUCCGGGACCUUACCUUUCAUGAGCGCCGUCGCUGUUCAAGGGGAAUUACCUAUGUGUGGUACGGGAAUGGUGCAGUUCAACUCGGCUGGUACGGAUUUUGGAGUGACGGAAAUGCCCAUUUAUAGGACAAGUUAUGGUCCCUAUAGCUCAAUACAGUAUUGUUAA